AAACAAUGAGCUCAACACAGAAGGACCAAGAUGGAGCGAGAAGUCAGCGCUCUCAGGAGGCCGACAAACCUCACAGAAGAAAGAGAGAGAAAACAUACACCUGUGACGAGUGUGGGAAGGAUUUUAGCCAGCCGGCAAAUUUAAAAAGACACCAGCUCAUCCAUAGUGCUGUUAAAGAGCAUACUUGUGACGAGUGUGGGAAGGAUUUUACUGGGAAGGAUUCACUAAAGCGGCAUCAGGUCAUCCACACUGGAGAGAGACCGUUCAGCUGUGAGUUGUGUGGAAAGACUUUUUCUUGGAAGGAUGCUCUAAAAAAACACCAACUCAUCCACAGUGGAGUUAAAGCGUACAGCUGUGAUCAGUGUGGCAGAGCUUUUACUCAAAGUAGCCAACUGCAGAAGCAUGUAGUUACCCACUCUGGAUUUAAGGCAUACAGCUGUGACAUUUGUGGAAUAACUUUCAGCCACAUAGAGAGCCGAAAUAAACACCUACGCAUUCACACCAGACAUGUUGUGUACUGCUGUGAUCAGUGUGAUAAACAGUUUAUAACAGGCACAGAUUUACAACAACAUAUGUUUACCCACACCGAGGAGAGACCUUAUAAAUGUGACCUGUGUGAGAAGACUUUUAAAGCUCCACGUUACCUGAGACGACACCAACAGAUCCACACCAGAAAGAGACUCUACAAGUGCAGUUACUGUGAGAAGCAGAGCGACACAGAUGGAUCCAGUUCUCAACCCUGUCAUCACUGUGGUGGUAGGAAAGACUUUCGUUGUGACCUCUGUGGAAAAACUUUCAAUUGGGAAAUCUCCCUAAAAAACCAUCAACGUAGACACACUGGAGACAAACUGAAAAACUGCAAAGAAUGUGGGAGAGGCUUCAUCACACCAACUGAGUUAAAACGACAUGAACUGAUUCACAGUGGGGUUAAAAAGCACCUCUGUGACCAGUGUGGGUCAUCCUUCACCACUGCAAGUCAGCUUAAAUCACACAAACGAGUCCACACAGGAGAGAAACCAUACAAGUGUAGACACUGUGACAAAAGCUUCUCACAAUCAGGUAAUCGUAACCUUCAUGAACGUGCACACAUGGAAGGAAACUACAGCUGUGACCAGUGUGACAAGAGCUUCAGGAAUCUCAGUUCAUACUCCGAACACAAACGAUCCCACGUUACUAAUAAACAGUUUCACUGUUACCAAUGUGCCCAAAGUCGCGAGAGUUGA